GUUUUUUUUCGUGAAAAGAUCGGAGGGACUUCAUUUAAAUUUAUUCAAGUUUCUGCGCAACAUAAUUAGAGUUGAAUUGAAAUUUUUUAUGCAUUUUGGACCUUAGAUAUGAAUAUUUUACCCAAGAAAAGGUGGCAUGUUCGUACGAAACAGAACAUCGAAAGAGUUCGGAGAGAUGAAGCCAAAGCAGCUGAAGAAGAAAAAGAAUUGCAGCGAAGAAUCAGACUUGCUGAACAAGAAGCAAGAACUGAUUUAUUGAGGAAGAAAGCUAAAAGUUCAACUUCUGAAACUGAGCAUGAAUUCUCUCGUGAUGACCAUGUAAAUUUUUUCAAGGAAUUGGAAGAAGAAGGAGGGCAUCAUGGUGGAAUAAACAAGGAACAUGAAGCGGAAGAAAAGGCACAAAAAGAAAAGUUUGAGAAAGAUAUUGGAUUACUGACAUAUCUUGGACAAAGUUCUUCAGAAGCUAAAGGUGAAAUUCCAUGGUACUUGAAAGCUGAAACAAAAGAUAUACUCACUGGAACUGAUAGCAAAGAUGAAACUGCUAGUUUGAAACACAAGUCAAAACUUGAUCCUUUGAAUGAUAUGAAGAAAUAUCUGACCCUGAAAGAAAAGAAGCACGGAAAGUUGCUAUUUACUGCUGAUAAAGAAAAAAUAGCUCAAAGCAAAGAUGAAAGCAAAAGUAAAGUUAAAAGUGAUAAGAGAUUAUCAAAAAUUGAAGAACUGCGGGCAAAAAGAUUGAAACGUGAAGCAGAAGAAAAGAAAAGAUCUCAAAACUUCUUAGAAAAUCUCAGGAAGGGAACUUCUGAGAAAGAACCUGCAAUAAUAAUGGACGACAGACUAAGACAAUAUAAUUCUCAAUUUAAUCCUCACCUUGCAAGAAAUAAUCUUGCAUCUACAAAAAAUUAUGAUGUUGUAUAAAUGAAAUUAAUAUUAUUAUUUUUAUCUAUGUAAAUAUUCAUGUACAUAAAUUUGU